AUGCUACGAUGGAGGAAAAAAUAUGGACCAGUGUUCACAAUAUGGAUUCCAGGUCCCGUGAUCGUCAUUGCCGACUACGAAAACCUCAAAGAAGCUCUUCUAAAAAACGCAAGAUGCUUUUCUGGACGUCCACAUAAUCCUAUGUGGAGCGUGUUCUAUGGUGAUGACCAAAGUGAAGGUGACGGAAUCAUUUUGUCUGAGGGUGAACGUUGGCACCACAACCGCGAACUGGCACGCACAAUAUUCAAAACUUUCAAGCUGAGCGGUGAACAACUAGAGGCUAGAGUCAGAGCUCAUGUAGACUAUCUGGAACAUCAUGUAGCAGCAGAAAUAGGCAACAAAGAGACUGCACAAAUGGAUAUGCAUAUCCCUAUCGCCUACUGUGUUGGAAAUAUCAUUCAAGAUUUAGUGCUUGGAAAGUCGUAUCCAUACGGAGAUCCAGAAUUUGAUGGGUUGAAGCGUCUCAUCGACUCGACACUUCACGAUGCAGGAUCAAUUUCCGUCCUUCUGGCAAACCAAUUUCCUUGGUUAGCUACUGUACUGCCAGUGGUCAGAAGAUAUCUUACGAAUGGUUUUCUUCUCAGAAAUAGAUUCAUGCAACUAAUUGAUGAGCACGAGGAAGCGCUAUCGAUGGAUGGAGAGGCAAAAGACUUUAUGGAGGCUUAUCUUCGCGAAGUUCGACGAAAUCCAGGCCACGAGCACAUACGUCGUCGUUCGCUUUGUUUUGUAGCCGCUGAUUUGUGGACAGGUGGUAUGGAGACGACGGUCACUACAAUGCGAUGGGCAAUUAUGUACAUGAUUUAUAAUCCGUCCGUGCAGCGACAUUGUCAAAAUGAAAUUGAUAAGAUUUUUGGACCCGAACCAGCUGUUUAUGCGCGAAAAUACGAAACGCCCUAUAUUCUGGCAACAUUAUCUGAAGUGCAGCGUAUAAGCAACGUCUUGCCAUGGGCAAUUCCGCACAGGACUAUGAGUGAUGUAUACGUCGAUGGUUACUUUAUUUCCAAAGGAACUGAGAUAAUGCCGCAAUACGGUUGCUUGCUCCAUGAUCCGAAUAUUUUUCCCAAUCCAGAGCAGUUUCUUCCCGAUAGAUUCCUUGACGUAGACGGACUGUAUCGCCCUCGAAUAGAAAUGAGGCCGUUUGGAAUGGGUGCAAGGGUCUGUUUGGGAGAAUUUCUAGCACGAUGUGAGCUGUACCUGAUUUUCACUACACUACUGCAGAACUUCACAUUUACAGCAGUAGAAGGUGUACAAUUACCGAGUCUAGUCAGAAACGAAGGUAUGACGGCUGUUCCACAGAACUACAUCGUAUGUGUACGUCCAAGAGAAAGGAAUUACUAA